AUGGUCUCUUCCCUAACUCACAUCCACAAGUAUUUGACAGGAUAUAUUUUUUGUUUUGGAUAUUUAGUUUACAAAUCUUAUGAACAUUUUCAAACAUUCAGAUGGUUAGGAGGAGCAUUGGAAUUCUCUCCAAGCACUGUUGAAAAAUUUAAGGAAUUAUUUCCUCUAGAGUUUGAGCUAAUAACUAAAUUGAAACGAAUAAGAGAUUUGUCGUUUAAUGUUUUUGCACCUGCUGGCUUGGGGUUAGGUCUAUCUUUUUUAUAUCCAUGGUAUUUCCGUACGCCUCAGCUUCACCAUGUGAGCACACAAACAGUACUCACAAGAGGUUUUAAAGUUAUUUAUUUUUCCUUGGUCUCGGCGAUGUUGUCUGGGUACUUGCCAUUUUUGUAUGCUUACAAGAAUAUUGCACCAAAGCAUAUGUGUGAAGAAACAACAUUACAUUUCUACUCAUUUAGUAUGUCACAGAAAGAUAAGGAUUGGUCGAAAAAGCUCGUGAUGUCCCGUCACGGCAUUAAACCACAUCCCUUUCAUCACUUCAAAGAUUGA